GCGCCCUCUGUCACAGCAGAACAGACUGCAAUUGCAUUUCCCAUGUGGACGAAUGGAAUCGGCUCUUGCCCAGCGCUUUUGCCAUGAUCUCUGCACAGCAGGCACCCUUCCCCAACAAAAUUCAAAAAGUAAUGGAGCACCCAAGUAAGGAAGAAGAAACCUGUGAAGAGCAGUAUGAGGCUGAAAACUGCACUUGCAGCUCCGCGUGUGCAUCAUCAACAGCAGAAUCUGGCUCAGAUUCACCAGUAAUUCUUAAAAUACUACAGAACUGGGUUCCUAGAGUUUCGCACUACUUUGAUAAAGAGCACUACACGUACGUAGGCCACCAGAUCGUCAUUCACGAGUCCAUAGAACACUUUGGAGCCGUGGUGUGGCCGGGGGCACUGGCUUUAUCUCAAUAUCUGGAAUCAAAUCAAGAACAAUUCAACCUCAAAGACAAAAAAGUUUUGGAAAUUGGCGCUGGAACAGGCUUGGUUUCCAUUGUGGCCUGUAUCUUAGGAGCUUAUGUUACAGCUACGGAUUUGCCUGAAGUUCUUGAGAAUCUCUCAUAUAAUAUUUCAAGAAAUACGCAAAACAUGAAUAUGCACAAACCUGAAGUGCGAAAACUGGUAUGGGGAGAAGGCCUCAAUGAAGACUUCCCUGUAUCAACUUACCAUUAUGAUUUCAUACUAGCAACUGAUGUUGUAUACCACCAUGCAGCUUUGGACCCCCUGCUAGCAACAAUGGUGUAUUUUUGUAAGCCAGGAACAGUAUUACUAUGGGCAAAUAAAUUCAGAUUCAGUACAGACUAUGAAUUUUUGGAAAAACUCUGCAAUAUGUUUAAGACAACCAUUCUAGCAGAAUUUCCAGAAUCAAAUGUCAAGCUGCUUAAAGCCACAGUAAGAGAGAAUUAAAGAGAAAACUGUUACUAAUUUCAUUUACUGGCAGCACCUUACAGUUUGGAAUGUUUUGCAGCAUUACAGUGCACCUUCUGUGCAUUUAUGUUUGUAAAGUUGCAGUUGUAUCUGAGUUUUCCAUUACAAGUUACGAAAAACCUGGCAAGACAAAUGACAUAGCAAUUUGUCUCUGGCUGAUACAAACGACCUGUUCAAACAGACCAAUUUCACUCCACUGAUGGAACAAUGUUAGUAGCAAUAGUUAGUAAAAAGGCUUUAACAGAAAGCAUUGAUCUUCUGGGCUGCACUGAACUUCUGUUGUUUGUGAGGGGUUUUCUUUCAGCAAGUUUCAUUUAUGUACUCUUUCAGAAACCAAUACAAUUUUUAGCUUAAUUAUUUGUUUUUAUUAAUUAUAAAAUAAUCUUUUAAAGUA